UCUGAGUGAGGAAAUACAACUACAUAUUUUAGUUAGAUUCACUUUUUUUUUUAAAUCAUCUUCUAGUCCAUUUGUUUUAUACUGCUGGUCUGUUGAAUCCCAAGAAAUAUAUCAAGAAACUGCUUUAUUAAGUAACAGAAUAAUCUGAAAUUCAACUCUGAUUUUGACCACACUUCUGGCAAGGUAGGUAACUACCUGAUAUGAACAUGUCAGUGACAAGGCACUGUAACUCACAUUUUGCUUUCAUUGUUGCGACCAUCUUUUCAUUGUGCUUGCAGAUCGGAGCGAACCACACUGACCAUCCCUGGGCUACAAAUAAGAGCUAUUUGAGUACCAUUACCCAAAACAUAAGUGAAAACCAGAGUACCACUGAAGCCAGUACCAAUCUUACAACGCAAGACGCACAUUACAAUGACACUUCAGUGACUGCUUUUGAAAUGCAGACAGCCGCCUUUCAGUCAUCAACAUUUGGUCAGGAACCUUCAACAUCUUCCCCUGGUUUUAAUCUUACUUCUGCAGUUCAAGACCCUUUGACCACCACCAAGCCCCACAUUACAACCAAGACUGAAAAUUGUGAAGAAAAGAAUAAAUCUCUGAUACUCAUUUGUUUCAUUAUAAUAGCAGUGCUGCUUCUUGCUUGCACAUUUCUAUUUCUGUCAACUGUGGUAAUGGCAAAUAAGAUAUCGUAUCUCAAAAGAGCUAAACAAGGCAAGCGCAUGCCCAGGAGUAACGGUGAUUUUCUGGUUACUAGCAGUUUAUGGCCAACUGGAUCAGAUACAUGGCAGAAGAAGUCUAAAGAGCUAACAGGGACUGACUUGAUGAUGCAAGACCUGAUAUCAGAGACAGCUAUCACAGCUCAAAAGAAAAAUGCAGUUGAAACAACUGAGAAACUCACUAGUGGAAGAGCUAAUCAUCAGAAUAAAGAAGAAGCAUCAAAACCAUGUGACAGCAUCAUAACCAAUUUUAUAGUUGAGAUUUAAGUAACGCUCCGAUUCCUAACAGAGACAACAUUGCAGCCUUGAAGUAACAUCUUAGUGCCACAGGAGAACCAGGUUCACAUCCUGGAUUUGGUUUUCCACUGCAUAACAAUGGGAACUCUAUGCAGUGGCACACAGCUCCAUAGGAAGGAGCACCCCAACUUGUGCGUGAUCAACCUUUCAGUCAUUUAAAACAGUAUCCUGCAUUAUUUUAAAGGGAGACCUGUCCAUUACUGCUUUGAAAGAAAUUGGUGGGCAAUGGAGCUGAGUGGGGAUAAAGCAACAAACCUUUAGGAUAUUAGGGCUGCAAAAGGAACCCCACAAAGGUCAUAGGGAGGGACCCCAUUAGCCUUGUAGGUACAGAAUCUGCAAAGUACUAUUUAUGGGUGUACGAUUACUUUUUUAUUUUAAAUGAAGCUCAUUUCUCUCUGAUGUAAUCAGUGACCCACAAACUAGUAGGCUGGAAGACCACUGAGAUAUUGCAAACAGAAUUCUCAAGAGCUCCUAAGCACAUUUUUGUACAUCAGAGGUUCUCAAAUUGUGGUCUGUUGAACACUGAAGGUAUGCUGAGAGCUGGAUGAUCACAGUGCUAUCUCCUCCUCGUUGCCAUCUGCUAAAUUAUAUUAAGAAACCGUUAUAAAUAACUAACAAGUAGGAAACUGCUGUAGUUGUUAGAGAGAUGUUGCAUGAUGACAAAUGGGAGGAGAGGGCCAUGAAUGGGGAAGUGUUCCCUCAGACUGACUCUACACUAAAAUGUGCUCUGGAUUGUGAAGAAAUUUGAGCACCCAUAUAGUACAUGUUGUGUGAAUCAAUGUCUAAAAAACGAGUAUUUUCAGUUACUUGUGCUGGCAUUUGUUUGGUUGCAACUAACUUUAAAGCAAAUAUACUGUACAGCCAAGAUACGAUUUCUGGUCUUGUUCUUGGCCAUAACACAAGCCUAUCUUGCCUUUGAACUAAUUUAAAGUCAACUGUAUUUGCUGAGCUUUAAGUUUAUGCAAAAAUAUAUAAAAUUUGUUUUACAUUUAACAGGGUUGGAGUAAAACUCUCACUUGGUAACACCAAUAAAAACGUACAAUAGAUUUUGAAACAA